UACCACAUUUGGUCAUACUGAUCCAAUAAUAGAGUUUAGCUGUAAAUAUCAUGUGUAGGUUUAUAAAUACUUCAUCUGUUGAAGCAAAUAAGUAUAAAUUAUACCCUCACACUGAUCUGCUGAUCUCAGUAGCUGGCCUUGUGUCAGCAUUAAUGAAUGUAUAGGGUUGUAAUUAUUAUAUUGUUUCUUCUCCAUAGACAAUAAUGUUCCACUACUUAAACAAGAGAAACAUAAAUCCAAAGUCACCUGCUGAUGUCUACAGUCUUGCUAAAGGAAGUCCAAGCUUGGUGCAGCGUUUAUCACUAUGGCGCACCAUGGAUGUUCACAAUGGCUGCGUAAACACCAUCGUUUGGGAUGAUACUGGCCAAUUCAUCCUCUCUGGCUCUGAUGACCGGAACCUUGUUAUCAGUGAUCCCUUUAUGAACAAGAUACUGUGCACCAUCCCCACCAGCCACCGCUCUAAUAUCUUCAGUGCAAAGUUCAUGCCAGGCUGCAGCAAUCAGAAGAUUGUUUCAUGCGCAGGCGAUGGCACUAUUAUAUACACAGACUUGAAGCGAGUGUCGGAGACGCGGGACUGUCGUUUCCGGUGUCACGGCAGCUCUGUGUACGACGUGGUCACCGUGCCGGGGGACAGCCACUGCUUCCUGACCUGUGGGGAGGACGCCACCGUGCGGUGCUUUGACCUCAGGGACGGCACCAGCUGCGUCAGGGAGAAGUGCAGGCAGAACGUUUUGCUAGACAUGGGCUGCUCGGCGACGGCUCUGUGCCUUAACCCCGUACGGCCCUACGAGAUGGCCGUAGGCACCAUGGACUCCAACAUCAGAGUCUACGACCGCCGCAUGGUCAGGGAUAAUGACUGGUGGGAGCAAAGCUGGCGAGCUGUGAUACUGCGCAUGUGUCCCGCCGAGCUGAAGAGGCGGCAGCAGCGUAUCACAUGCCUGAGAUACGACGAGCGCGCCACGCACAUCCUGGCCAGCUACUCCUCUGCACAUCUCUACCUCUUCGAUACGCAGACGCGGCGUCACGAGCGCUUGAGCCCCCAGCGUGGGGAGCAGCAGGGGGCGCAGAGGGGGAGGAGGGUGGGGGGCUCAUGGGUGAUGAAGAGACUGCGGCUGCGGGGGGACUGGUCCGACACCGGCCCCCAGGCCAGACCGGAGAGACUGGCCAGUCCGCAGAAUCCCGCAGGAGCGCUGGGCCAGGCUCGCCCCACGCUGCAGGGGGCGCUGAUGCAGCGCAUGUCCAGCAUGUUAUCAAGAAUGCUCUCCAGCAGCCCUCCUCCUUCUACCCAGUCACCUCUUCUCCGCAUGCCUGCUCCUCAUGCUCCUCAUGCCCCUCGUCUUAGUGCUUCCCAAAACCUGGCAUCUUCCACAGCGCCAUCUUCAUCCGAUCCUGCCUCGUCCACAGCGCCAUCUUCAUCCGACCCCGCCUCGUCCACAGCGCCAUCUUCAUCCGUUCCCGCAUCGUCCACAGCGCCACCUUCAUCCGUUCCUGCUUCGUCCACAGCGCCAUCUUCACCCGUUCCCGCCUCGUCUACAAGUAAUCAGCCUCACCUUGAACACGGCGACGAUACUGACUUCCACAACCCUUUCUCCAGUCCCCAUAACCCUCACCCCAUCCCUCAUAACCCUAACCCCACCCCCCAUAACCCUCACCCCGUCCCCCACAACCCUCACCCGAUGUCUCAAGAGACCGACUUCAUGCCUCAUGAUUCAUACUCGAUGUCUCACGACGACCACAGCUUAUCAACAAUUCAAGAAACUUUUCGAGACCUUCGACAAGAUUUCAUCAAUCGACACCACGUGGACCCCAGCGUGUGUUUGUCGUACUCGCGUGCCGGCACAUCGUCCAGCAGCAUCACUCUACGCAAGCCUGAUGAAGCCCCACCCACACAUUUCCCUGAGUGUUCCGAGCCCUGGCCACCCGCGACUCCCAGCUCUAGCUCACGUCCAGAGGGUGACCUGGACUCAUCGAGCGCUACACUCACGAGAGACAGCGAAACUAAUUCAUUAGACGUGAUCUCAAGUCCAGCAAACGGUCCACCGUGCAGCCGAUCUUGUACAGACAAUUCCAGUGGUCGUCCAUGCACGGUCGAAACUGGGCAAGCAGAUGGCUGUGCUCGUCCCAGAAAUGAAGGGGGUGUCCUCACCACCACAACUUCCAUGGCGACCUCAGCAAUCGGCCACCGAGACGAUCUGAAGGCGUCCACGUCAGCCGCCGCCGCUACGCCUGCAUAUGAAGCUGCAGAGACCAGCGAGCCUGGCACGUCUGGGGUCUCUGGUGGCGGUCGAGCGCAACACCGCCGCUCACGGUCCCCCGACACCGACGACUCGAGCGAAGACGAGGAACGCACCAGCCGCGCCGCCAAGCCCAGCACGCGCAGUCGCGUGGCCCGCGCCCUGCAGCAGCACGUCAAGAAGAUGAAGGAGGAGGCAGCGAUGCGCGUGGACGGCCCCGCAGACCUACUCGUGCCCCACGCGCUGCACACGCGCACCUACGUGGGCCACCGCAACUCCAGGUCACCAUACCGCGAUGUCGACGCGCAUGUGUAUAAGAGACAGUACGUGGGCCACCGCAACUCCAGAACGAUGAUCAAGGAAGCCUGUUUCUGGGGCUCUGACCACGUGAUGUCAGGCUCAGACUGCGGCCGCAUCUUCGUAUGGGAGCGCAGCACGCAGCGCCUCGUGAUGCUCCUCGACGCCGACCGUCGCGUCGUAAACUGCGUACGCCCGCACCCCAGCCUCCCCCUGCUGGCCUCUUCAGGCAUCGACUACGACCUCAAGCUCUGGAUGCCGCUGCUGCCUGAGCCCACCUUCGACGAGGAGAGGGCGGCAGAGGUGAUGCAGUGCAACGAGGUGCUGCUGGAGGAGACGCGCGACACCGUCACCGUACCUGCCGCCUUCAUGAUCCGCGUCCUGACGAGCCUCAACCAAAUGCGGCGCGCCCCACGAGACGAGCCUCCCGCCAGGGAGCUUGUCAGCGACAAUGACGAUGACGACAGCGACGAGGAGCUCUGAGGGCGGGUCUGGCGGGGCUGUGGCUCCUGCUUCAGCAGUACCUGAGGAUGGUGGAGGCCUCUGCAACACAAAUGUAGGGCGCUGACCUCCGACACAGACUUGAUACGGAACACCGGGCUUUUGGAAUGCGACAGUAAUGGAGGCUCGUGGAAACUGGACAGCAACAAUAAUGAAGACUUGUGGACAACAAUAAUAAUGAAGGCUCAUGGACAGUAACAAUAAUGAAGACUUAUGGACAGUUACAAUAUAAUGAAGGCUCAUGGACAGCAACAAUAAUGAAGCUGAUGGACAGCAACAAUAAUGAAGGCUCAUGGACAGCAACAAAAAAUGAAAGCUGGUGGCACAGCGUUGCCUGUAAAAUCGCGUCUGUGGAGUCUCACUGUACUGUGUUUUGGUGGAGCACGAUUCUUGCCCUUGUUACAUUAAUGAGCUUUUGGUCUACGGAUAUUAUCUCAUUUGGGUCCGCUGAAUCACAUUAUUUAACUGGAUGCAAGUGUUACCAUUUAUACCUUUACAGUAAUAAUUUAUAGCUAAGCGCUUUAACAAUGGCCUUAAUUUUUAGAUCCAGGUUGCAGUGCUCUUCAUUUCCUGUUGUUUUUUAAACUUACUUGCUAGUGAUCGCAAACCAAAUAAUCGAAAUAAAGUCAGUAUCGAAAAUGCUUUGCAAGUCUUACUUAAUUCAGACUACCGUAUUCUCGGCCUAGCCAAAAAAUGUUUUGAACAAACCUGUCCAGGAUAUCUUCCAAAUUUGCCAUAAGAAACGUCGUUUAGUUGUUACUCGUCAAGUUCAUGUUCCCGUAUAUCAUGCUCCCUUACGUUUGGAAACGAUUUUUCAGUUUUUAAACUCUUAAUUUAAUUGUUACUUUAUUUAGAUUGCGUUGUCCCUCAAGCCUGGUCCGCUUAUGCUGGCCAUAUUUUGUUCAGCGUCGACCUACAGAAUUGCCUUCUUGGCAAUCCUGUGGAAGCAUCUUACGCUUGUCCAGCUUGUGGUUUUUUGAUGUUUGUGAGAGUUAUUUGUUUUAUCCAAUAAUCGCUCGAGCUCAUUGGUGUUUGUGUCCGACGUCUACAUCGCUGGACGCACCGAGUGCACGUCUACAUCGCUGGACGCACCGAGUGCACGUCUACACCGCAGGUCGCACCGAGUGCACGUCCACAUCGCAGGUCGCACCGAGUGCACGUGCCUGGUGCACGUAUAAGUCGACGCAUUUCUCCGUGCUCGGUGGUGCGGCUCUUAACUCUUCACUCUGCCACAGCGCCUCGCGUGGAGGAAGUUGAUGACGUGUUCAGUUCUUCUAGUCGAAUUCUCCAAGUAUUAUUACUCGAUGUUAUCAUUUUUAUUUAUAUAGCGUUAAGUUAUUAUUUAGU